UCUGGCGUCGUGGAGGACGCUUGGAGGAACCGGAAGUGACCUUUCAGUGCUGUUUUGCGGGUACUUUUUCGCGGCAAUCCGAACGUGAUGCAGACUGUUGAGGAAUAUGACAGCUGAUUUUUGAUGUUAAUAUAGAAGAUUCUUCAUAUUUGAACAUUAGAGGACACAAUAACAAUGGCUUCAGUCACUGCAGAGGACAUCAAAUCCGAACUGGACACCUUCAACAUAGCCUUCAACAAUGAAACUGUGGAUAAAAUGUUGGAGCAGUGUUUGUGUCACAGGCUGAAGGGGGACGACAUCGUAUGUGAGUGGUUUGCUUUCAGCUCCAGUAGAGAGCAGCUGCCGCUAACUCUUGAUAACCUGGACCAGUUUGAACAUGAAAUACUGAACAAAAAGAAAAGGCCUAAAGGCUCAUCAAAGGGAAGCCAGUAAAAGACAAGAGACAUCAACUCUAUCCAGGACCUAAUCCGAGCAGAAGAGGAAGAGGAAAGCUUGCUGGAUUCCUAUUCAACACCUGCCAAAGGCUCUCAGAAGCGAGCGCUGACCACCCCAGAACAUCCACAGUCCAAGAGAGGUGUGGCUCGACUCACCAGCCCCAGUCUAUUGCUGUCACCUGCUAGCUUCUCACCAAGUGCAACCCCUUCUCAAAAAUAUGGCAUGCGUGGUGGCCGAGGAGAGGUGGUUGCGACGUUUGGAACAGUGCAGGGUCCUCGCUGGAUGGGUAAAGGACAGAGCGCUGUGAGAGUUGAGAUGCUGGAAGGAGGAGAGAAUUCACUCAUCAGCAGCUACAAAUACAUGUUUCAGAGGCUGAGAGAUGUGCGAGACGUUCUGACUGAAAAGAUUGAAGAACUCGGUGAGGAAUUGCGGAGUCAUUUUAACAUAGAGGAAUUCUCUCCAGUUUCAUUACCUGUUCAGGAUAGCAUCACAGUAUUGGGGCAAGUGUGUUGUGACAGUAACGGGAAGCUCAAUGCACAGUCUGUGCUGCUGGAGGCCGGACAGGAACAGGGGGGCAGACAGGUGCCUGUGGAUCUGUCUGAGCUUAAAGAGUUCUCGCUUUUUCCCGGACAGGUUGUUGUGAUGGAAGGUAUGAAUCCCACUGGGGAGAAGUUUGUUGCUACCAAACUAUACGAGGGUAUUCCCCUGCCUUUUUACAGUCCUCCUGAAGUAAAACAAGAAAUGGAUGAAGUGUCUGAGCCUGUGAUGGUCAUGAUGACUUGUGGACCAUACACCCCCUCUGAAAGUCUGACCUAUGACCCUCUGAUUGACCUCAUCACGAUCAUCAAUAAAGAUCGUCCUGAUGUGUGCAUUCUGUUUGGGCCUUUUGUUGAUUCCAAACAUGAGCAGAUUGAGAAAAACCAGGUAACGGAAACAUUCGAAAUCAUCUUCAAGAGAUGUGCGGACAGCAUAGUGGAAGGAACCAAAGGGUCAGGAUGCAGGUUGGUGUUUGUGCCGUCUCAGAGGGAUGUCCAUCAUCAUUACAUUUAUCCUCAGCCACCCUUCAACCUGACCAGCCUCAGCAAAGAUGAUUCAGCGCGAGUGACCUUAGCUUCUGACCCCUGCACGCUCCUCAUUGGUAAUGUGACAUUUGGCCUGACCUCUACAGACAUCCUGUUUUAUAUGGGAGCUGAAGAGAUCAGCAGUGGCACGGGCACAGAACGUUUCUCACGCAUCAUGAAACACAUGUUGACCCAGAGAAGCUACUAUCCUCUGUAUCCUCCUGCGGAGGAAGUUAACAUGGAUUACGACAAGUUUCAGCAGUUUGGCCAAAUGAACCUCACACCUGAUAUUCUUAUCGUUCCUUCUGAGCUUCGGUAUUUCAUCAAGGAUGUGAUUGGCUGUGUGUGUGUCAAUCCUGGCCGUCUCACUAAAGGACAGGUGGGCGGGACUUAUGGAAGGUUACUCAUUCAGCCAAACCCUGCACUGGUGGAGGGAAAGAGAGUGAGCCCAUGUAUAGCAGGACAGGUGGUGAAAAUAUGAUAGAAUUUAUCUUUUCUACUGCUUGAACUUUAUUAAAUCAUGUCUGUAUUUUUUUUAUGUCUGUAUUAAAACCUUUCACUUAAAGUGGCUGGAAAAUAAAAUACUUUGUAAAAGGCUGUUUUGUCCAGUUGUCUAGUUACCAUGUCAACAAA